CUCCAGUGUAACUUCACUUGGGACCCAGUUUACUUUUACUGAUAUCCUUGAUCCCAAUUGUUUGUUUCUCACGGUAAAUUGCUACACCAUGCAAGUUGAAGUCAACCCCAACGAAGAUACAGAAUGGAACGAUAUUCUCCGCAAACACGGUGUUAUCCCCGAAAAACCUCAGGACCCUGAACCUCUCAUUCAAGAAGCCCUUAUUGAGGCGGAACGCAAAGCCUACGAGAAUCGACUAGAAGAUAAAGAUUUGGACGAACUAGAUGAGUUAGAGGACGAAGAGGAUGAAGCAUUCCUUGAACAAUAUCGAAAGCAGCGUUUCGCAGAGCUCUCCACCAUCCAGAAAACCAGCCUCUACAACCAAGUCUACCCUCUUCAGAAAGUCGACUACGCGCGGGAAGUGACCGAGGCAUCCAAUAUCGCAUUUGUGCUUGUCCAUCUCUCGUCGUCGACGGGUGGCAAUGUUGAGUCGCAGCUCUUGACAGAGCUCUGGCGACAAUUAGCAACGAAGUAUGGUGAUAUCAAGUUCUGUGAGAUUCGCGGCAACAUGUGCAUUGAAGGGUAUCCGGAUAGAAACACGCCGACAAUCUUAGUGUAUAAGGAUGGCGAGAUAAGACGACAGCUUGUAACACUGAGAGAACUUAAGGGUCCCAGAACUAAAAUUGAAGACCUUGAGAGGAUGCUCCUAGAUCUAGGUGCCCUCAAGGAGAGCGAUGUCCGUUUAAAGAAAAAGUCGGAAGACUCAGACGACGACCGUCCGUCAAAGAAUAAAAAGCCUGUGGUGGAAGACGACGAUGACGACUGGGACUGAAAGAGAAUAUUAUAAUCGUUCUGCAAUACUAGAUGUCAUGAAUAAAACUCUUACUCAUAAAAAGAGUUCAGAACCGUUC